AUUCGCCAGGCGGACAGACGAGCUCCUGGAAUACAGAGAAUAUAUUUAAAAAAUCAAGUGGAAAUUACUAAAAAAAAUAUUUGAAACAAUUGAAAAAAGAAACUGUAAAAAAGUACAGUUAAACCAGCAGUAAAAAAGUACAGUUACAGUGUUGGAAAGUGUUAACCGGAAUUAACUGAAUCGCAAGAGAGAGAUCAAGUGUCAAGAGCUUGAAUCUCUAGAAUUAAUUAAUUUUAAUUAAUUGGAGUGCGUUUCUUUGAAGAAAAAAAUUUGAAAACAAUGUCCAUUUCCUUGUCUUCGUCACCCGCCACUUGUGGCUGCUCCUCGGCUGUCCACUGGGCCAUAGCCAUUGUGCUCCUGUCAAUGGCGAUUGGGCCAGGAUAUGCUUUGCCCCGGCCAUCGCGGCCCACGCAGCUGUUGUUCAGCGAGUUGCUGGGAGUUGGUAACGAGGACACCAGCAGCAACAACUAUUAUGGCGAGCAAUUGAGGCAGCAGCAGCAACAGCAACAGCAGCAACUGCAGCAGCGAUUGCCCUCCUUCGCCCGGAAGUGGCCUUCGUUGAGGGACCUCCUGCUGACCGCCGACUAUGAUGACUUUGGGGUCUCCCAGGAAAGCGAAGAGCGAGCAGUGGAGACCAACUCCCGUUUGCUGGCCAGGCUGCACAAGCUGAGCGACAAUGGAGCUGGGGAGGAGCUGCGCUACAAUGUGGUCAACGAGAUGACCAAUGUGCCCAGCAAGAAGGUGGUGAUGCCAGGAGGAGGAGGAGGACACUCUCUCAAGGAGCACAACACCAAGAAAAAUGUGCAGUUUCGUAAACAAUACAUGUCACCUUGCCAUUUCAAAAUCUGCAACAUGGGACGCAAACGCAAUGCCGGCAGCUACAAUCCCUACUAAAAAGAACCAAAGCCAAAAAUCACAAAAUAAAAAUAUAAAAACUACCAAAAAAUACAGCCAAAAGUAAAAUAAAAAGAAGUAUAAAGAAAAUAAGUCACAAAAACACACAAAAAACACUGUUCAAAAUGCCAAGUAUUGUUUAAUGUUCUAAUUUUUAGUUAGAAACACACACACGCGCAGAAUUUAAUUAGAGAUUAUGAUUAACAAUGUAUUUAUAAAAUAUAUAUGUCUCUCUUUCACACACACACACACCAGACACCCACACACAUACACACUCUAAAGUAUUCCCCAUAUUAGUUAUAUAAAUAUUAUCUAUGAUUCUAGUUGUAUUCGAAAUACAUUAAAUAAUAAUAAUAAUAACCAACACAAUGUUGUUAGAUAUUAAGCCAAAAACUUACAUAUUACAAAAGAAAUAUUUAUUGAAAACAAAAACAAAAAACAAGAAUGAUAUGUGGCCAAAU